GUCCCCACUCUGUUACCUCGCCAAUCAGUGUUAAGUGCAAUUUUUUCUGCCUUUGGGUUUUUUUAAUGGAUAGUACUGACAAUUGUUGAAGGUUUUAUGGUUUUCUGUUGAAAGGGACAUUGGUAACUGAUUAGGUUUGCUGUAGCCAUGUCAGGAUCAGCCCCCGAGGAGCCUCAGACCAUUCCUCAGAGCCCAGCUAGUGUUCCUGACCCCGCUCCCGUUGCUGUCGGACCUGGAGGCUCAAGUGACAGUUCCUUUGGUGAGCAAAACCUUGGCUUCGCCACCCCCGAGGCCAGCCUGGUGGAGAUGAUGGACAUUGAGUACACCCAGCUGCAGCACAUACUUUGCUCGCACACGGAGGCGCAGAGUAGUGAAGGUGAAGUGGAAGCCAGGCUCAGCGCUUUCUCCUCGCCUGGCCCCUCUGCAGACCCCCCUCUGCAGCAGCCCUCCCCCAGCACCAGUCAGGACGGGGGCUCAUCCAACAGCUCUGGGAACCAGUCGGUCUGCCCAGUGACCUGUCAGUCAGGGUUGCCUUGUGACAGCUACUGGCCGAGUUCUAACCCGCACCUGGGCUAUGCUGACCUCCAGGAGCUCAGGAUGAUGUUACUUAGCGAGUCCAACCUCCCUGUGAACCAGAGAGAGAAAGCGCCCAACAGUAGUAGCUCUGUAGAAGUCUCGGGAUGCAGUGUAGCAAAAGCUAAACAGGGUGAAAAUUUCUUGGGGGAGAAUAAGGAAAACAUAUUUGUUGAAAAUUCGGCACUGGCACCAGAGGUUAGAUCUAAACCUGCAGUCAGAGCUCGGUUGGAAGACAGAUUCAACAGCAGCCCGACAGAAAACCCCAGAUGUCAAGAACCCCAAGAAUCUGGAGUAACUCUUAACAAUUUAGUGACAUUGAUCCGCCAGCCCUCAGAAGUGGUGGGUGUUCCUCUUCACCAGCAAGGGAACAGGUGUGCUGCACUAGGGAAAAAUAAGGCUGCACCUGCCACACAUUCCUUACCAUUUACUUACCCGUUCUUUACCAUGAAUGCAUGUUCUGCUGCUGGAAGUGCUAACCCUUCCCAAGCACAGACCUGUGGAACAUCUUGCACUAUUUUGGAAGCUGCCAAACAUCAAGACCUUGGGAUACCCAAAACAUUUCCUUUUCUCUAUCAGGAAGUUGAAUCCACAAAACAGACAGUAGGUGCUAUAAAUAAAGCUUUGCCUGAGGAAGUUUGGAUUAAAGUUGGAGACACCUUAUGCAAGCAAGCCAUAAACAGAAGUUGCAGCCGGAUAAAUCUGUUGGAUGCAAACAUGGAUCGCAAACCUCUCGGUGAGAUUCGGAACGCCCGGGACAACAACCAGAGCACUGCAGCUGCCCAGGGCCCCUGGCAGUCAGCACAGCCCAGCUCCAGUGUGCCGGUGCAGAGUGGUUCCCAGGAUGGAAGCGCCCAGAGGAGGGAAAGGCACAACCGCCUGGAGAGAGACAGGAGGCGCAGGAUCCGGGUUUGUUGUGACGAGCUCAAUCUCCUCGUUCCCUUCUGCACGAUUGACACUGACAAGGCAACAACUUUGCAGUGGACAACUGCAUUCCUCAAGUACAUUCAGGAAAGGCACGGCGACUCCCUGAAGCAGGAAUUUGAGACUGUGUUCUGUGGUAAAACAGGCAGGAGACUAAAAAUUGGAAGACCAGACUCGUGUGUAAUGUGUCCAGCACAGGAAAACCGCACAGCGAUGGAGACCAAAUAGCCUGACCUGCCCACCCUGAAUUGU